AUGGCUUAUUUGAGGAAGUCCACUGGCUGGCAGGGGGUCGAAGCCCGCUACUCAGAAUUAAGCGGCAACCGCGCCCAUCCCCUUAACGAAGACAGCUGUCUGGCCAAGGGGACUCACCUGCUGGUGGUCCUCCCCGUCCUGGCCAAUGAGAAGAAUCACCGAGGCUGGCCCCACGUGGUAUGUCAAGAUGUCCAGCGGCACGCCCACGGCCUGCAGGGCGACCUCCUGGUUAUCCUGGAGCAGGUCAACGGGAAGACUGUGCUGCCUCUUCCGGCAGGCGCAGACGAAGUGGGGUUUGUGGAUUCGGACAGCGACAGUGCCUUGGAUUGCACAGAGAAGUCAGUCAUCUAUGCCAUUGAGUCUGCUGUAAUCCAGUGGAGCCGCCGGGUCCAGGGGGUGCUCAAGAGAGAGUCUUCCCAGCCCCUCCUACAAGGGGAGAACCCCACCCCUAGGGUGGAGUUGGAGUUCUGGAAGAGCAGGGCUGAAGAUCUGGAACACAUUUACAACCAACUGAGAGCGAUAAAGGCGAGGGGCAUGGCCAGGCUCUUGGACAGAGUCCACAGCAGCUACUUCCCAGCUUUCCAAGCCAUGUGCAGAGAUGUCGUAGCAGCUCUGACAGAGGCGCAGGACAUCCAGACACACCUGAUGCCACUCUCCCGCCACCUGGAGAUCCUCGAGAGCCUGGAGUUUCCGGAGGUGAAACCACGGCUGCGGCCUCUGCUCCACGUGGUGUGUCUGAUCUGGGCCACGUGCGGGUCCUACCGCUCCCCAGGGCGGCUCACGGUGCUGCUCCAGGAAAUCUGCAAUCUCCUCAUCCAGCAGGCUUCUAAUUAUCUCAACCCAGAAGGCCUCCUGAGAAGUGAGGUGGAAGAAAGUCAGAGAAAACUGCAAGUGGCCGUGGACACCUUGAACUUCUUCAAGCAGAUGUUUCAGGACAGAAGAGAGAAUCUCCAUACUUACUUCAAAGAGAACCAGGAAGUCAAGGAGUGGGAUUUCCAGUCUUCCUUGGUCUUUGUGCGACUGGAUGGCUUCCUGGGGAGACUGCUCCUGGUGCAGGAUCUUCUGAAGACAACCCUGGAUUUCCACACGCUGGGAAAGCUUGAGUUCAGUGGCAUCAGAGGGAGUGCCCUGAGUCGGCAGGUCCAGCAAAUGUACGACGAAUUUCAAGAGAUGUACAGGGUCUUUACAGAGGCCCCCUAUGACUGCUUGGACCCCCAGAGCACGGAAUUCGAAAAUGACGUGUCCGAAUUUCGCCAGAGAGUAGAAGAUCUUGACCGAGGGCUGGGGACCAUCUUCAUUCAAGCCUUCGAUGAUGCCCCCGGUUUGGAGCAUGCCUUUAAGCUGCUAGACAUAGCAGGGAACCUUCUGGAAAGGCCGCUGAUAGCGCAGGAUGCAUCUGACAAGUACCUGCUGUUCGUCCGAAUGUUCCACAAAGACCUGGAUACCGUGAGGGUGAUCUACAGUCAGCGCGUCCAGGAGGAGGCAGAACUUGGUGGGGCCUGUGCUCGUGGGACCCAGGGCAAGCGGAUCCAGAAGGAGCUGGUUCAGCUUCUCAUCCAGAAGCGUGGAAGCUUCCGUGGCGUGGCAGGCUUCACCUCUCCCAUCUCGGGAUGGCCUCUGCGCCUUCUGGAACAGGCGCAUCAGCUCCGCUGGGUUUGUGACUUCGAGAGACGCUGGACACCCUCACGCUUCUCUGCCAACUGGGAGGAGAAGUGGCCCAGCCCUCCGGAGCCGCAUCAGUGCAUCCAGGUAGAAGCCCGGAGAGACAGUUGCCUGGAAUCUGCCGAAGGAAAGCGAAUGACACAAAAAUAUGAAGAUCUGCUCUCACUGCUCGACAAGUACGAGACGAAGCUUUAUGAAGACUGGUGUCAGGCUGUGUCGGAGAAGUCACAGUACAAUCUUUCCCAGCCGCUUCUGAAACGUGACCCAGAGACGAAGCAGAUCGCCGUCAACUUUAACCCACAGCUGACUUCAGUGCUGAAGGAAAUGAGUUAUCUUGAAUCGAGGCAGAUGCGACAUGUUCCUCAGACAGCAGCAGCCAUGUUCUCCUCCAGGGAAUUCUAUCGGCAGCUCGUGGCGAAGUUGGAACUGAUGGCGAAUUGGUACAACAAGAUUAUGAAAACUCUUGUAGAGGUGGAAUUGCCAUUGCUGGAGAAAGAGCUGGGGAAUAUCGAUCUCUGCCUGAAAGCUGCAGAAGAGACUCUGAACUGGAAAACGGAAGGCAUUUGGGAUUAUGUCAUUCAAAUCACCGACAGCGUUCAUGAUCUCGAACAAAGGAUUCAGAAAGCCCAAGACAACGUGGAAGAGAUUCAAAACAUCAUGAAAACAUGGGUGUCUCCGAUAUUUAAGAGAAAAGAUGGAAAAAAGGAAUGUCUCCUUUCCAUGGAUGACCAGCGCAACCGGAUGGAAAAAUACUACGAUCUCAUCAAAGAAUCUGGACUUAAGAUUCAUGCCCUCGUUCAGGAAAACCUAGGUCUGUUUGCCGCGGACCCAACCUCUAAUAUCUGGAAGGCUUAUGUUAAGUACAUAGAUGAUAUGUUGCUGGAUGGAUUUUUUCUUGCCAUUGAGUGCUCCCUCAAAUACCUUCUGGAAAACACCGAAAGUAAAGCUGGACUCACCCCGAUAUUUGAGGCACAGCUGUGCUUAGUGAUACCAGAAUUAGUUUUCUCUCCAUCCCUGGAGUCUGGAGUGAAGGGUGGCUUCUACGACACCGUCGAGGGUCUGGUGGCCAACAUUUUUGGAAUAUCGUCUUUGGUGCCACGGCUUUCCCCACAGAACGGCUCUCUCCACUACCAGGUUGACAUGGAGGGCGUGGCCCACUUGGCCAGCUUGAGGAGCACGCUCCUGGACAGGGUUCAGAGCAUGAUGGCCCUCUGCAGUGGCUAUCGGAACACUUUCAGCCAAUACUCCUACCUCUACGUGGAGGACCGGAAGGAGGUUCUGAGUCAGUUUCUGUUGUAUGGACGUGUCCUCACACCCGAGGAAAUGGAAGCCCACAUAGACGAUGGCCUUCCAGAGAACCCCCCUCUCCUCCAUCAGUUCAAGGCACAGAUCGACUCCUAUGAAAAGCUCUACGAAGAAGUGUGCGGCCUGGAGCCCGUCAAGGUGUUUGACGGCUGGAUGAAAAUUGAUGUGCGACCCCUUAAAGCAUCUCUGCUGAACCUCAUUAAGAGGUGGAGCCUCACGUUCAAGCAGCAUCUCGUUGACCACGUCACUAACAGCUUGGCCGACCUUGAAGUGUUUAUAAGAAAUACCGAGAGCGGCAUGCUCAAGAAAGUUGAAAAAGGAGAUUUCAAAGGAUUGGUGGAGAUUAUGGGGCACCUUAUGGCUCUGAAAGAGCGGCAGAACAGCACUGAUGAGAUGUUCGAGCCCUUGAAGCACACUAUUGAGCUGCUAAAGACCUAUGAACAAGAAUUGCCAGAAACGGUGUUUAAGCAGCUGGAGUCUUGGCGGGAGCUCUGGCUUUCCAGCACCUACGGGAACAUGACCGUGUUCCUCUGUGUCAGGUUCGACAGCGUCGCCCCUCACCGCGAGCUGGACGCCAGGCACGUGGAGAUCCGACAGAUGGAGCUGACCCUGGCCUCCAUCUCGGAGUCUGCUGCCUUGUUUGAGGUCAGCAUUCCCAACUACAAGCAGCUGAACCAGUGCAGGCAGGAAGUCUGCCUGCUGAAGGAGCUCUGGGACACGAUAGCGAUGGUCACCUCCAGCAUCCGUGCCUGGGAGACGGCCCCGUGGAGGGAGGUCAACGUGGAGGCCAUGGACCGGGAGUGUAAACGGUUCGCGAGGUGCAUCCGGAACCUGGACAAGGAGGUCAGGGCCUGGGACGCGUUCGCGGGCCUGGAGAGCACCGUGUCGGACGCUCUGAGCUCCCUGCGGGCGGUGGCCGAGCUGCAGAAUCCGGCCAUCCGGGAGCGGCACUGGAGGCAGCUGGUGCAGGCCACGGGCGUGAGCUUCACCAUGGGCGAGGGCACCACCCUGGCAGACCUCCUGCGGCUCCAGCUGCACCGUUUUGAGGACGAGGUGCGGGGCAUCGCGGACAAGGCCGUGAAAGAGAUGGGCAUGGAGGAGACCUUGACGGAGCUGUGCGCCACCUGGGCCGGCCUGGAAUUCCGGUACGAGCCCCACCCGCGGACCGGCGUCCCCCAGCUGCGGUCGGACGAGGACCUCCUCGAGCUCCUGGAGGACAACCAAGUCCAGCUGCAGAACCUGAUGACGUCCAAGCACGUUGCCUUCUUCCUGGAGGAAGUGUCCGGCUGGCAGAAGAGGCUGUCCACGGCCGACGCCGUCAUCUCCUCCUGGUUCGACGUGCAGCGUACGUGGUCUCACCUGGAAAGUAUAUUCAUGGGAUCCGAAGACAUCCGGGCUCAGCUGCCCCAGGUUCAACGCCAUCUUUCCAAACUCUUUGACAACAUGGCCAAGAUGGAAUUCCAGCUGGACGCCAGUGAGAAAGCGACCAAGAUAAGUCUGGGCAUGUACAGCAAGGAAGGAGAGUACGUGGCCUUCAGCGAGCCCUGUGACUGCAGUGGCCAGGUGGAAAUAUGGUUGAACCAUGUGCUCGCGCAUAUGAAGGCCACAGUGAGGCAUGGGAUGACAGAAGGUGUAGUUGCUUAUGAAGAAAAGCCAAGGGAACAGUGGCUCUUUGACUAUCCAGCUCAGGUGGCCCUGACCUGCACUCAGAUCUGGUGGACCACGGAGGUGGGCAUUGCGUUUGCCAGGCUGGAGGAAGGCUACGAGAACGCCAUGAAGGACUAUCACAGGAAGCAAGUGGUGCAGCUCAAAACCCUCAUCACCGUGUUACUCGGCCAGCUCUCCGAAGGGGACCGGCAGAAGAUUAUGACCAUAUGCACCGUUGAUGUGCACGCCCGGGAUGUGGUGGCCAAGAUGAUCGCUCAGAAGGUGGACAAUGCUCAGGCCUUCCCCUGGCUGGCCCAGCUGCGGCACCGUUGGGACGACGAGGCCAAACACUGCUUUGCCAACAUCUGUGAUGCGCAGUUUCUAUAUUCCUACGAGUACCUGGGAAAUACGCCUCGCCUGGUGAUCACGCCUCUGACAGACCGAUGCUACAUCACCCUCACUCAGUCUCUGCACCUGACCAUGAGCGGAGCUCCGGCAGGACCCGCGGGCACAGGCAAGACGGAGACCACCAAGGACCUGGGCCGAGCACUGGGCGUCAUGGUGUACGUGUUCAACUGCUCCGAGCAGAUGGACUACAAGUCUUGUGGCAACAUCUACAAAGGCCUCGCUCAGACCGGUGCCUGGGGCUGUUUUGAUGAGUUUAAUCGAAUCUCUGUGGAGGUCUUAUCAGUGGUGGCGGUGCAGACAGACGCUGGUGCAGGAUAUGGGCGUCCUGUGGGUCCCUACCAAGGCAAGGCCAGCGUAAGGGUGCUGCGCGGUGGAGAAUGUUGGGUGGUGAUGGCACUAGGGGCUGGCAUGACGGGUGCUCCCAGCUUGUGCCUGGAGUCCAUACGGCCUUGCGCGAUGGUGGUUCCAGACUUCGAGUUGAUCUGUGAGAUCAUGCUGGUGGCAGAAGGAUUCAUUGAAGCACGGGUGUUGGCCAGAAAGUUCAUCACCCUUUAUCGGUUGUGCAAAGAGCUGCUCUCUAAACAGGACCACUAUGACUGGGGCCUGCGGGCCAUCAAGUCGGUGCUGGUGGUGGCGGGAUCCCUGAAGCGAGGAGACCCUGACCGCCCCGAGGACCAGGUCCUGAUGCGCUCCCUGAGAGACUUCAACAUCCCCAAGAUCGUGACCGAUGAUGUGCCAGUGUUCAUGGGCCUGAUUGGGGACCUCUUUCCUGCCCUGGAUGUCCCUCGGAGGAGAGACCUCAACUUCGAAGCCUUGGUUCGGAAGGCCGUGGUGGAGCUGAAGCUCCAGGCCGAGGACAACUUUGUGCUCAAGGUGGCCCAGCUGGAGGAGCUCCUGGCAGUGCGGCACUCGGUGUUCGUGGUGGGCAACGCUGGGGCCGGCAAGUCUCAGGUGCUCAGAUCCUUGCACAAGACCCAUCAGAUCAUGAAGCGUCGCCCCGUCUGGGUGGACCUCAACCCCAAAGCAGUCACAAACGAUGAGCUCUUUGGUAUCAUCAAUCCAGCUACCAGAGAAUGGAAGGAUGGUAAGACCAUGGGCAGGCUUGAGUCUACAUCCAGGGGCAAACUUCAGAGGGAAGGACGCUGGCCCGCUCUGUACGGAGUGCUGACCCUGGCAAGCAACGAGAGGAUCCCCCUGAGCCCCACGAUGAGGCUGCUGUUUGAGAUCAGCCACCUGCGCACGGCCACCCCAGCAACGGUCUCCAGAGCAGGAAUCCUGUACAUCAAUCCCACGGACCUGGGCUGGAACCCUCCCGUGAGUAGCUGGAUUGACAAGAGGGAAGUCCAGACAGAGAGAGCCAACCUCACCAUCCUGUUUGACAAGUACCUCCCGACCUGCUUAGACACACUCAGAACCAGUCCUCGGAGCUUCUCCGUGGACUGCUUCUUGGAGGCAAGGACUCCGGCAGGAUGGCUUGCGGACCACCGGGAAGAGUUCAGCAAGUGGUGGCUCGCGCAUUUCAAGACAGUCAAGUUUCCCUCCCAGGGAACCGUCUUUGACUACUACAUAGACCCAGAGACCAAGAAAUUCGAGCCCUGGUCCAAGCUCAUCCCCCAGUUUGAAUUCGACCCCGAGAUGCCUCUGCAGGCUUGCCUGGUGCCCACGGGCGAGACCGUCCGAGUGUGCUACUUCCUGGAGCGGCUCCUGGAGCGGCGGCGGCCGGUCAUGCUGGUGGGGACCGCGGGGGUCGGCAAGUCGGUCCUGGUGGGAACCAAGCUGGCCAGCCUCGACACCGAGGAGUACCUGGUGCAAAACGUGCCGUUCAACUACUAUACCACGUCGGCGAUGCUGCAAGCUGUCCUGGAGAAGCCUCUAGAAAAGAAGGCCGGAAGAAACUAUGGCCCCCCAGGCAACAAGAAGCUGAUCUAUUUCAUUGAUGACAUGAACUUGCCUGAGGUGGAUGCCUACGGGACUGUGCAGCCCCACACCAUCAUCAGGCAGCAUCUGGACUAUGGCCACUGGUAUGACCGGAACAAGCUGUCCCUGAAGGAGAUCAGGAAUGUGCAAUAUGUCUCCUGUAUGAACCCCACUGCGGGCAGCUUCACCAUCAACCCACGGCUUCAGCGCCACUUUAGCGUGCUUGUCCUCUCCUUCCCUGGGGCAGACGCCCUGGCUUCCAUCUACGGCACCAUCCUGACUCAGCACCUUAAGCUUGGAAACUUCCCAGAGUCUCUGCAGAAAUCUAGCCCCCAGCUCAUCAGUCUGGCCCUCACCUUCCACCAGAAGAUCACCACCACAUUCCUACCCACAGCGAUCAAAUUCCACUACGUUUUCAAUCUCCGAGACCUCGCCAACAUUUUCCAGGGCAUUCUCUUCUCCUCUGUGGAAUGUGUAAAAUCCACACAGGACCUCGUAAAGCUCUAUCUACAUGAAUCAAGUCGGGUUUAUCGGGACAAGAUGGUGGAAGAAAAGGACUUUGAUCUUUUUGACAAAAUCCAGACAGAAGUGGUCAAGAAAAUUUUUGAUGGUGUUGAUGAGACGGUGGAGCAGACCCGAAGCCUAAACAUAUAUUGCCAUUUUGCAAAUGGUAUUGGUGAACCCAAGUACAUGCCUGUACAAUCGUGGGAACUUUUGACCCAGACUCUGGUGGAAGCCCUGGAGAACCACAACGAAGUCAACACAGUGAUGGACCUGGUUCUCUUUGAGGACGCCAUGCGCCAUGUCUGCCACAUCAGCCGCAUCCUGGAGUCCCCGCGGGGAAACGCUCUGCUGGUCGGCGUGGGUGGGAGCGGCAAGCAGUGUCUGACCAGGCUUGCGGCUUUCAUCAGCUCCAUGGACGUAUUCCAGAUCACGCCGUGGAGAGGCUACCAGAUCUCGGACUUCAAGAUGGACCUGUCCAGUUUGUGCCUGAAAGCUGGGGUGAAGGGUCUCAGCACGGUGUUUCUCAUGACCGAUGCCCAAGUGGCUGAUGAGAAGUUCCUUGUGCUCAUCAAUGAUCUCUUGGCAUCUGGAGAGAUCCCAGACCUCUACUCCGAUGAUGAAGUUGAAAACAUCAUAAACAACGUGAGGAAUGAAGUCAAGAGUCAAGGUCUGGUAGACAACAGAGGGAACUGCUGGAAAUUCUUUAUAGAUCGGGUCCGACGACAACUGAAGGUGACUCUCUGUUUCUCCCCUGUGGGGAACAAGCUGAGGGUCCGCAGCAGGAAGUUUCCAGCCAUUGUGAACUGCACAGCCAUCGACUGGUUCCACGAGUGGCCUCGGCAGGCAUUGGAGUCUGUCAGCCUCCGCUUCCUGCAGAACACAGAAGGCAUUGAGCCCACAGUCAAGCAGUCGAUUAGCAAGUUCAUGGCCUUUGUCCACACAAGUGUCAACCAGAUGUCCCAGGCUUAUCUGAGCAACGAGCAACGCUACAACUACACAACCCCUAAGUCAUUCCUGGAGUUCAUCAGACUCUACCAGAGCUUGCUGCGCAGACAUGGAAAAGAGCUCAGGUCCAAAAUGGAGCGUCUCGAGAACGGACUGCUGAAGCUUCACAGCACCUCUGCCCAGGUAGAUGAUCUGAAAGCCAAGCUGGCCACCCAGGAAGUGGAGGUGAGACACAAGAAUGAGGACGCAGACAAGCUGAUCCGGGUGGUGGGCAUAGAGACGGACAAGGUGAGCAGAGAGAAAGCCAUCGCGGACGAGGAGGAGCGGAAGGUGGCCCUCAUCAUGCAGGAGGUAAAGCAGAAACAGAAGGACUGUGAGGACGACCUGGCCAAAGCGGAGCCGGCGCUCACAGCAGCCCAGGCAGCCCUCAACACCCUCAACAAGACCAACCUGACGGAGCUGAAGUCCUUUGGCACCCCGCCACUGGCAGUCAGCAACGUCACGGCCGCGGUGAUGACCCUCAUCGCCCCCGGGGGCAAGGUCCCCAAGGACCGGAGCUGGAAGGCCGCGAAGGUCAGCAUGGCCAAAGUGGACACUUUCCUGGACUCCCUCGUCAACUUCGACAAAGAGAACAUUCACGAGAACUGCCUCAAGGCCAUCAGGCCGUAUCUGCAGGACCCAGAGUUCAACCCCGAGUUCGUGGCCACCAAGUCUCACGCGGCUGCGGGCCUCUGCUCCUGGGUGAUCAACAUCGUGAAGUUCUACGAGGUGUUCUGCGACGUCGAGCCCAAGCGCCAGGCAUUGAGCAGAGUCACCUCGGACCUCACCGCCGCCCAGGAGAAGCUGGCAGCCAUAAAAGCCAAAGUCACCCACCUUAAUGAAAACCUGGCCAAACUCACAGCCAAGUUUGAGAAAGCCACGGCAGACAAGCUCAGAUGUCAGCAAGAAGCCGAAGCGACCGCAGGCGUCAUCUCCCUUGCCAAUCGCCUGGUGAGGGGACUGGCCUCAGAAAACGUGAGGUGGGCAGAGGCCGUGCAGAACUUCAGACAGCAGGAGAGCAAACUCUGCGGAGACAUGCUUCUGACCACGGCUUUCGUUUCGUACCUCGGCUUCUUCACGAAGGGCUAUCGGCAGAGCCUCAUGGAGGGCACCUGGCGACCCUACCUAAGCCAGCUAAAGGUGCCCAUCCCGGUCACCCCCACCCUGGAUCCCCUGAGGAUGCUGACGGACGAGGCCGACGUGGCAGCCUGGCAGAACCAGGGCCUCCCCGCAGACCGCAUGUCCGUGGAGAACGCCACCAUCGUGGUCACCUGUGAGCGCUGGCCGCUCGUGGUUGACCCGCAGCUACAAGGCAUGAAAUGGAUCAAGAACAAAUACGGCGAGAACCUCCGGGUCACCCGGAUUGGUCAGAAGGGGUAUCUCCAAACCAUAGAGCGUGCCCUGGAAGCUGGAGAUGUGGUGCUAAUCGAAAACCUGGAAGAAUCCGUUGACCCUGUCCUGGGUCCCCUGCUCGGGAGAGAAGUCAUCAAGAAAGGACGAUUCAUCAAAAUCGGAGACAAAGAAUGUGAAUACAACCCCAGCUUCCGGCUCAUCCUUCACACAUCAACUUUGGGUGACCAGGGAGGAUGACUGGAGGACCAACACAGCGUGGUCAGCAUGGAGAGGCCGGACCUGGAGCAGCUGAAGUCAGAUCUCACCAAGCAGCAGAACGGGUUCAAAAUCACCCUGAAAACACUAGAAGACAACCUGCUUUCUCGCCUCUCUUCAGCAUCUGGGAACUUCCUGGGGGACACGGCCUUAGUGGAGAACCUGGAGACCACCAAGCAGACGGCCGCGGAAGUCGAGAAGAAGGUCCAGGAGGCCAGGGUGACGGAAGUGAAAAUCAACGAGGCCCGCGAACACUACCGGCCCGCAGCCGCCCGGGCCUCCCUGCUCUACUUCAUCAUGAAUGACCUCAGCAAGAUCCACCCGAUGUACCAGUUUUCUCUCAAGGCCUUCAGCAUCGUCUUCCAGAAGGCUGUGGAGAAGGCUGCUCCGGACGAGAGCCUCAAGGCGCGUGUGACCAAUCUGAUAGACAGCAUCACCUUCUCCGUAUACCAGUACACCACACGUGGGCUCUUCGAGUGUGAUAAGCUGACCUACCUUGCCCAGCUUACCUUUCAGAUCCUCCUCACGAGCGGGGAAGUGAGUGUGACCACGCUGGAUUUCCUGCUUCGAUCUCCGGGGCAGACGGGCGUCACCAGUCCCGUGGGCUUCCUCUCCCAUCAGGCCUGGGGUGGCAUAAAGGCACUUUCAUCAAUGGAAGAAUUCUGUAAUCUGGAUCGAGACAUUGAGGGAUCCGCCAAGAGUUGGAAGAAGUUUGUGGAAUCGGAAUGUCCUGAGAAGGAGAAGUUUCCACAGGAGUGGAAGGACAAGACAGCCCUGCAGCGCCUCUGUAUGAUGAGAGUCAUGCGGCCUGACCGGAUGACCUACGCCAUACGGUCUUUGCUAACACUGGAGGCAACGCUUUCCUUUCAGGACACGCUGGAGAUGUGCUCCCGGGAGACGGAGUUUAAGAGCAUCCUCUUUGCUCUUUGUUACUUUCACGGGGUGGUGGCAGAGAGACGAAAGUUUGGGCCGCAGGGAUGGAACUGCCCUUACCCCUUCAACACUGGGGACCUCACCAUCUCUGUGAACGUGCUGUACAACUUCCUGGAGGCCAACGCAAAGGUCCCCUAUGAUGAUCUGCGCUACCUCUUUGGAGAGAUCAUGUAUGGAGGCCACAUCACAGACGACUGGGACCGGAGGCUCUGCAGGACCUAUCUGGAGGAAUUCAUCAGACCGGAAAUGCUAGAAGGAGAGCUGUGCCUGGCACCCGGGUUCCCACUCCCGGGCAACCUGGACUAUGCUGGUUACCAUCAGGUCAAGGUCCUCCUGGAAGAAAUACUGGAGCGAGUGACAGACGAGUUCAACAUGCCGGAGCUGAUGGCCAGAGUGGAGGAGCACAGCCCCUACAUCGUCGUUGCCUUCCAGGAGUGUGAGCGGAUGAACAUCCUCACCAGAGAGAUCCAGCGCUCGCUGAGGGAGCUGGACCUCGGCUUAAAGGGGGAGCUGACCAUGACCAGCGACAUGGAGAACUUACAGAACGCCCUGUACCUAGACACGGUGCCAGAGCCCUGGGCCAGGCGAGCCUACCCCUCCACGGCAGGCCUGGGAGCCUGGUUUGUGGACCUCCUCGACCGAAUCAAAGAGUUGGAGGCCUGGAUAGGAGACUUCACCAUGCCUGCCACGGUGUGGCUGACAGGCUUCUUCAACCCCCAGUCCUUCCUGACCGCCAUCAUGCAGUCCACGGCCCGCAAGAACGAGUGGCCACUGGACCAGAUGGCCCUGCAGUGUGACGUGACAAAGAAGAACAGGGAGGACUUCAGGAGCGCCCCUCGGGAGGGGGCCUACAUCCAUGGCCUCUUUGUGGAAGGCGCUCGCUGGGACGUACAGGCAGGGGUCAUUACGGAGGCGAAGCUGAAGGACCUGACACCCCCCAUGCCCGUGAUGUUCAUCAAGGCCAUUCCUGCAGAUAAACAGGACAGCCGCAGCGUCUAUCCUUGUCCCGUGUACAAGACUUGCCAGCGGGGACCCACCUAUGUGUGGACUUUCAACCUGAAGACCAAGGAGAAGGCAUCUAAGUGGGUUCUUGCUGGAGUCGCUUUGCUUCUCCAGAUUUAG